AUGAGUGUCUUACACUUUGUGCCUGGCCAAUGGUGUUUUGUCUCCGGGUGGUCAACAGCAAAAGGAUUCCAAGGACCUGUUAAGAGAUGGGGAUUUAAAGGCCAGAAUGCCAGUCAUGGUACAGAGAGCAAGGCUCAUCGCUCUCAUGGUAGUGUUGGACAAAGUAAGAGUGUUAAUGUUGUAUGGAGAUUUAAGAAGAUGAGCGGACAUCAUGGACCAGAUCCUAGGGUUGUUAAUUGCCAAGUAUUCAGGGUACAGACAGAUAGGAAUCUUAUCUUCUUAAAGGGUUGUGUGCCUGGUCAAGUAGGAUCAGUAGUAAAGAUAAGUGAUGCAAGAGGGAAGACACAUCAUCAACGUAAUAGGAAUAUUUCUUUACCUUUUCCUACCUUUGUACCUAAUAUAGAUAAGGAAUAUCCUCUCGUUAUUAAUAGAGAAGAUAGUAAACAAGAUCCAUUUGCUUAUCCAGAGAUACCUAUCUAUGAUAAAGAUGAGAGUUAA